AUGGCUAGGGGCCGUAAGGGUGAAAAUAGAGUUAGGGAUGCUUACCUAGCGUGUAAAACUAUUAAAGUACAGUUUGAACGUUGUUAUAACAAUUUCAAGCGCAAGGAACUACCGCCAGAGUCACUUGAGGAAUGCGAAACUUUGAAAAGGGAAUACCAGGGCUGUAUUUUGUAUUAUAUGGAUAAAUUUGGCAUUAUACGUGUCUAG